AACUUCCCUCCCAUCAGCAGCAGCAGCAGCGUGUUGUGAGUGCAGCCUCCGUGUGUGUGCAUGUGUGUGUGUGUGCAGUCAGAUCCUUGUGCAAAUGCGCAGUGAGAAAGACCUCCCCGGUCCACAUUGGUUCAGUGUUUUGGAGCCUAACCUGUGGGUCGGUGCACCGCGGUGAAAAAGCAUGAACGCUGGGAUCCAGCAGCUCUCAGGACGAGUGAGAGGAAGGUGCGCACCAACGAGCUGAACCCUGAGGGCCGUCAGUAGGGAACAAUGUGCAGCUCCCUGAGCCCCAAACAGCCCAGUGGCCCCGGCCUCACAGAUAUGCAGCAGUAUCACCAGUGGCUGGCCAGUCGACAUGAAGCCAGCCUGCUGCCCAUGAAAGAAGACCUGGCUCUGUGGCUCACUAAUAUUCUUGGUCUGGAAAUCACCGCCGAGAGCUUCAUGGAUCGCUUAGACAAUGGCUUCCUGUUGUGCCAGCUGGCUGAGACACUACAGGAGAAGUUCAGGCAAAGUAACGGAGACCUGCCUGUCUCUGGCAACAGCAAGCAGAGUAUUCCCCAUCGGAGGAUACCAUGUCGGCAGAGCGCUCCCUCCGGUUCUUUUUUUGCACGGGACAACACAGCUAACUUCCUGGCCUGGUGUCGCAAGGUUGGAGUUGGAGAAACAUGCCUGUUUGAGUCAGAGGAUUUAGUUCUUCAUAAGCAGCCACGAGAGGUGUGCCUCUGUCUUUUAGAGCUGGGACGGAUAGCAUCAAGGUACAACGUGGAGCCUCCUGGCCUUAUAAAACUGGAGAAAGAGAUUGAACAAGAAGAAACAGCACCUCCACCACCUCCAUCACCUGUGUCCCCAGCUCAGCCCCUCCCUCCAUCUCCCUCUGUAUCUCCCUCCCCGUCUCCUUCACCGUCUCCUUCCCCUUCUCCGACUCCUACCAAAGUCAGCUCCAGCAAGAAAAGUACAGGGAAGCUGUUGGAUGAUGCUGUAAGACAUAUCGCUGAUGAUCCUCCCUGCAGAUGUCUGAACAAAUUCUGUGUAGAGAGACAGUCACAGGGUCGAUACCGUGUUGGGGAGAAGAUGCUUUUUAUCCGGAUGCUGCACAACAAGCACGUGAUGGUGCGUGUCGGCGGAGGCUGGGAGACCUUUGAGAGCUACCUGCUGAAACACGACCCGUGCCGCAUGCUCCAGAUCUCCCGGGUGGAGGGCAAGACGUCCCCUGUCAGCAGCAAGUCCCCCAACAUUAAGGACCUCACCCCUGACAGCUACCUGGUGGUGGCAGCCCACUACCGCAGCAAGAAGUGAAGAGGUCAGACUGUAAUGUGCCAUCAAUUAACGGACAUUGUUUACUCCCUAAUGGACGUGGCAAUAUAACAUAUCCCUGUUCUUACAUAAAAUAUGUCUACAGACACAUGGGAAGCAGAGAGUUCAGUCAAGUAGGUGUUUGUGAACACAUUAGCAGGCCUUAACAAUAUACUUUAUUCAGUUUACAGAACUGAAAAGUAUGCCAAUCAUUACAAUAUAAUUACAAUUUAGUGGAUCAGGUAUGUGGCUACGGACCUGGCUGUAUUUGUACGUUGUAUGUUAAACACUUCUGGAUGAAAUUGAGUAGGUGGUGGAGGUUUCAGGGCCUUUAAGAAGCUAGUCUUCAUGGCAACCUGGUUUUUGUGAUAGUAGAAAGCAAGUAGAUAUUUUCAGUGAAGGCAAUGUAUUGGUUUCCCUCCCAUUUUAAUUUGCCAUUUAUCUGAUAUUGUUACUCUUAACUGUGUUACAGUGCUUUUAAUACAUGGAUGGCUCCUGUAGUCACCACACUCAAGUUGCAAAUUAAACUUUAACUAUAACAUUAGAAGAAUAAGUCCAAAGACAUGCCAUUUACCAAAUCUUUACAUGAUAGUCCACUGUGUAGUAAUCUUAGAAAAACUGCCAAAUCUCCCCUAGAAACCAAACAUGAGUCAUGUUAUGGCUUUUUCUUUACGUUGUACUUUUUUACUAGGUUAAUUCAAAUUAAAGCAAUGCUUAGAUUGUUUACACGUUGAAUAACUAUUCUAUCAAACGCAUUUUUAUACUCUUAUCAUUUUAUAAUUAUUCAUUAUUAGGACAGCUCCUGUUUUAUAUGAUUUUACUGUAAGAACAUGGACAAUCACUUGUACAAGAUGCAGUACAAUCAGAAACUUGUUGAUUUAUGAUUGAUAGUAGAGCAGAUUUACUCAUUUGAGAUGCUGCAGUUCUUCAAUUUGUUGUAUGUUACUGACCUCUAGAGGUAGUGCAAUCAUUGAAACUUGAUCAUCUGUUCAGUUUCUUACACUUAAUACAUUCACAUUAUCAUUCAAUGUAUUAAUUUGUGCGACUGUUACCCUGGAAAAUCAUAUGUGAGUUUGUGUGAGGUCACUUUCUAUGCAAACAGGCUUGUAUGUGAAGUACAUACGUCCAAUUUCUGUUAGAGAUGUACAUUUUCAAUAAAUUCUCAAAACUUCAA